GCGGAAACCCACACAGCACACAGAAUGAACCGCUUCAGAGCAGGCGUGCCGAUAACACGGUCACUAUGGAAGCGCACGGCGAUACAAACACGGCCAGCGCGACGACAAGUCCAGCAGAGGGAUUUUGCCGCUGAGACACAACCGCCGCCGCCGCCACGCAAGGAGCCAUCGCGAGCUGGCGCAUACUACGGCACCUUUGGUUCCCCGCUACUCAAAUGCUUCCUCGGCGCCCUCUUUACCUACCAACUCGCCUACUACCUGUGGUACAAGCUCGAGACCAUCGAAGAGCAGCACGAGACGCGCUCGGAAAUCGCAGAGUUACAGGAGGAACUGCGACAGGCAAUUGAAAAGCAGCGACACUUUGCGCAGGAAAAGUUGGGACACGCGGCUGAGGUGGUGCAGAGGGAGAAGCACGAGUUGGGCGAGGCGGUAGAUGCCGUUGUCGCUGAAGUCAAGGAGGGCGCAGAUGAGGUGGGCAAAGGGACCAAGGCCGUGGGAAAGGUUGCUGGUGGUGGGUGGUGGCCGUGGUGAUUUUGAUGAACGACG